ACUAUAUGUGCCUUACCUUAGGUAAAUCUAUUCUUUUGUAUUCCGGUGUUUCUCUCUGAAGCGACACUCAUCGUAGAAUCAUAAUUUCUAGCUUCCGAUUUUCACGAUCAUCGAUUUUCUGAGCUUCUAAGGUUAUAUUAUAGCAGAUCUUUUGUUCUUGCAGUGGAGUUAGGGAUUGAUGAUUCUGUUAAUGGUGAUACGUUAAGAGAUGCUGCCAUGGUUGAAGUGGAUAGCAUGCCUGAUGUAAACAGAGAAGAAGAAAGUUCUGCCGAACCAACUUACAAACAAGACCAAGAUGGUAACAUGACUCACGAUUUCUCCGGAGCGUUAACAAUAGCCUCGGAAGUUCUCCCACUAUCGGUCGCUUCUGCUGACGAGCCCUAUGUGGGUCAGGAGUUUGAGUCGGAAGCAGCAGCACAUGCAUUUUAUAAUGCAUACGCAGCCGAGGUUGGAUUCAUCAUACGUGUAAGCAAACUCUCGCGGUCAAGGCGUGACGGAACUGCUAUUGGACGCGCUCUUGUUUGCAACAAAGAGGGUUACAGAAUGCCCGACAAGCGCGAAAAGAUCGUUAGGCAAAGGGCAGAGACAAGGGUUGGUUGCAGGGCAAUGAUUAUGGUGAGGAAAGUUGGUUCUGGUAAAUGGGUUGUUACGAAGUUUGUGAAGGAGCACACUCAUCCCUUGAAUCCUGGAAGUGGUAGAAGGGAUUGCAUGUUUGAACAAUAUCCGUCUCAGAGCGAGCACGAUAAAAUCCGCGAACUAUCUCAGCAAUUGGCAAUCGAGAAAAAGCGGUCAGUGACUUAUAAAAGACAACUUGAAGUGAUAUUCGAUUAUAUCGAGGAGCACAAUGUGAGCCUUUCAAAGAAAAUACAACACAUAGUAGACAGUGUGAAGCAGAUGGAACCUAAAGAAGAAGAACACAAUCAUUCAUAGGUUCACCUUUCAAUUAUCUAGUUUUUUACUUAUUAAUAAUAUUCAAUCUACUGUCAGUGGUGAGGUGUGCAAUAAUAUCUGAUAAUUACUGCUGACAUUAGGUAUCUGCUUUUAGUAUCGGUUGGUGCGGUAGUUCAGUGUGUUAACAGUAUUCAUUGUAUGCUGUAAUAUUUUGGUUUAGUUGAAGAAACUAGUUCAAUCAAAUCAAAUGUAUAGAGUAUAGGUCAUUUGAGUCCAUUCAUAUGAAGUAGCUGCAAACAAUUGUGAUAACUCAUAAAAGGCAUUCAAAUGCCCUUAUAAAAGCUUGAGUAUUCAACUUCUGAUUUUGUUAAA